GGCUCGCCAUGGAGCCGGGCACCAUCGACAACCUCUGCAUCCUGUACCAGAGCCCCGACUUCAUCGUGGUCAACAAGCACUGGGACAUCCGCAUUGACAGCAAGAUGUGGUACGAGACGCUGACCCUGCAGAGCCAGCUCAAGCACCGCUUCCCCGAGCUGGCCGACCCCGACACCUACUACGGCUUCAGGUUUUGCCACCAGCUGGACUUUUCCACCAGUGGGGCCCUGUGCGUGGCGCUCAACAAGGCGGCUGCGGGAAGCGCCUACAAGUGCUUCAAGGAGCGGCUGGUGACCAAAGCCUACCUGGCCCUGGUCCGGGGCCACGUGAAGGAGAGCCGGCUGGCGAUCCGGUACGCCAUCGGGAAGAACACGAGCGAGGGCAUGACCCACAUGAUGUGCAUCGAGGGCACGGAGGGCUGUGAAAAUCCCAAGCCUUGCGAGUCGGAGCUGAUCGUCCUGGAACACGGAUCCUACAGCGGAGACCCUGUAACCAAAGUGCUGCUGCAGCCGCUGACAGGGCGGACGCACCAGCUCCGGGUUCACUGCAGCGCCAUCGGCCACCCCAUCGUGGGGGACUUCACCUACAGCCACAAGAAGGACAGUGGCCCCUACAGGAUGAUGCUCCACGCCUACUACCUGCGCAUCCCCACCGGCAAGGAGCUCAUCGAGGUGUGCGCGCCCGACCCCUUCGUCACCGCCAUGGACAGCAACUGGGUGCCUCACCACGUCGCCCACCGGCUGGACGAGACCAUCCAAGAGCUGAAGGACAAGAUGAUCCAGAAAGGGGAAGAGGAGGAGAGCCAGAAAGCGGUGCCUAGCCCUGGAGAAGAGGCUCCGAGCAGAGCGGGGAGCGCGGAGACGGAGGAGCAGCGAGCCGAGUGCGAGCAGUGGUUGGCCGAGUGGGCUUUGGAGUGAACAACUCACAUUUCUGCUUUUCCAACCCAAAGCUCCAUUUUUGUCCUAGUGGCUCCUGGCUGAGCUCCCCAGCAA